UUCAGUGCAAACAAUCCAUUUUGUUUCCAAUUUGGUGAACAUUUCAAGUUCACGACGUCGCGCACAUUCUGACUUGACGUGCGAAUAAAUUGUUGUCGUGCGAUAUCGGCAGUGAAAGGAGUACGAACAUUAUGAUUAUUGUGUGAAACAUCGAUAAUUACAAAGGAUUUCGGAAUCCUUAAACGUUAUUUUGUUUUAUUUCGUGUUACUCCGCUAAGAUGGUGCAAGAAUACGUAUCCCCCGUUAGGGUACACAAGUACCCCUUCGAAAUGGUGAUGGCUGCGUACGAGAGGCGGUUCCCGAACUGCCCGCAGAUCCCGGUGGUGAUCGAUUGCGCCAUCACGGAGGACAGCUGGUCCGCGGACGACUCGCAGCGGCACACCACCAGGCGGUGUCAACUCAACGUAGAGGCGCCUUAUCUGUUGAAAAAGAUGAUCGGCGUUGACUACAUCUACUUCAUCCAGAAGAACCAUUUGGACCUCAAGGGCCGCGUCCUGGAGAUCGAAGCCACGAACGAAACCUUCGCCUCCAGGGUCGGUGUCGUCGAGAAAUGUAAAUAUUAUGUUCACCCAGAGAAUUCUGAAUGGACGUGUUUCGAACAGAGCGCGCUGCUCGACGUGAAGAACUUCUUCGGACUGGAGAACACAGUGGAGAAGAUUGCGAUGAAACAGUACGCCGCCAACAUCGCUAAAGGCAAGGAGCUGAUCGAGUCGUUCAUGAAGGAGGUACACGAUGACGGCGUGACGGAGCUGAGGCCGUGGAGCGUCGAGGACCCGGAGUAUAACCGGCACCUGCGCAGGAUAGUGUCGCGCGGCACCGAGCCGCUGUCGCCCAGGCCUGUGGCGGAGACAAGAAAGCAUUCGCAGCCAGAUCAAUACACAUUGGACAGCGAGUACAUAAAACGUUACCUCGGCGAGCUCACGCCCAUGCAGGAGUCCAGGCUGCUGCAGCUCAGGAAGUGGAUCGCUGACUUGCAGAAGGGCAAGGUGCCGAGCGACACGACGCUUCUCCGCUUCCUCCGCGCGAGGGACUUCAACGUGGAGAAGGCGCGCGAGAUGCUCUCCCAGUCGCUGCUGUGGCGCAAGAAGCACCAGGUCGACAGGAUCCUGUCAGAGUACGAGACACCUGAUGUCGUCAAGCAGUACUUCCCGGGCGGGUGGCACCAUCAUGACAAAGAUGGACGUCCCCUGUACAUCCUGCGAUUGGGACAGAUGGACGUCAAAGGAUUGCUGAAAUCCAUCGGCGAAGAUGGCCUCUUGAAGUUGACUCUACACGUAUGCGAAGAGGGUCUGAAACUUCUAGAAGAGGCGACUCGCUCGGAAGAACGCGCCGUCCAAGCCUGGAGCCUGCUGGUCGACUUGGAUGGGCUGAACAUGCGCCACCUGUGGAGGCCAGGGGUCCGCGCCCUGCUCCGCAUCAUACAGAUCGUGGAGGCCAACUACCCGGAGACCAUGGGCCGCGUGCUCAUCGUCAGGGCGCCCAGGGUCUUCCCGAUACUGUGGACUAUUGUUAGCACUUUUAUUGACGAGAACACCCGCAGCAAGUUCCUAUUCUACGGCGGCAAAGACUACCUCCAGCCCGGCGGGCUGCUCGACUACAUCCCAAAAGAUCUCAUUCCGGACUUCCUCGGAGGACCUUGCAAGAGUUUCGUCCAUGAGGGCGGGUUGGUACCAAAGAGCUUGUACGUGAGCGGCGCGUUCACAGAGAGAGACGGAGACCCUCUGAGUGAAGACAGCAUCUACCGUUCAGUCAGCCUGGGAAAGGGACAGGUCCACGAGGUGGUGGUGGUGAACCGCGACCCGCAGAGCGUGCUGACGUGGGACUUCGACGUGCUCCGUCAUGACCUCGCCUUCACCGUCUACCGCUCGCACCAUCAUCUCCAGUCGCCCACGCAGGAGGAUGCUACCGCGAUGUGCGUAGGUGGGUCGGAGGAGGCGCGCUCCGUGCUGGAGCAGAAGGGCUGGCGCGAGGGCGAGCACUACCACCGCGUCGAGAACACGCUCGUCUGCCACGACGGCGAGAGCAUACAGGGGUCGCACGUGAUGGUGGAGAGCGCCAGCUACGUGCUGCAGUGGCGCGUGGUGGCGGCCGAGCACCGCGCCGCGCAGCUCAUGUACUUCCACGAGACGCUCGCCAGCCACCACUACAAGUAACCACCCACCACCCACACCCUCGACACCACCACCACCACCACCAAGGUUCGAUGUCGAGCCUGCAGUCCGGCACCAGCGGGUUCUCGUGCCUGAGCGGCAAGUCCGCGGCGAGCGACUGUCCGUCGCGGUGAUGCGCGCCGCCCGGCGCCGCCGCGCGUCUGCAGUAGCUACCAUCUACCACCUACCAUCAUGCUUUGAACGUCACUAGGGAUGAGUCAGUGUUGCUAGCUCAAAUGUUAUGUCCAGGGAGAUCUGACUUCAUAGUCAGCCAUUUUAUGUCAUUGAAAUAAUUAUAAUGAAAAGAUAAAAAUUUUAAAUAUUUGUAACAAUUUAAAAAAAAUAUGUCAUCAAGAUUUUGUCUUUUUACCAUUAAUUGAAGUCAUUCUUGGACAUUACAUUCUUGCAUUUUAGGGUAAACUUGACUCAAGAUCUGAAUAAAACACUCCUAGUUACGCAAACGCUUGAAGAAUAUUAAAAUGGGUUGCAAUAUUAAAAUAAUGAACAUUAUUAUAUGUGCUAUAGAAAAUUUAUAUGAGCUACAAAUCAUGGAACAUUGUGGAAAUAACAAAUUAUCGUUAAAAUAUUUUGAAAGUUCGUAUGAGCUAUAAGUAAAUAAGGAAUUACAACAAAUUUAUAUUUUUAUCUGUUUAAUAGAUAAUGGAAUGUUAAAAUUUAUUUUUCAUACUUGCUCGGGUUAUGUGAUCUCGAUUGCAAUUUCGUCCGCAACAUUCUCACAAAGCUUUAUCAAAAUUGUACAAGCAUUUGUAUUAAGAUUGUUAGUGAAAAUAGAACUGGCAUAGGAAUUAAUAGAAUACAUCUACCAUGAAACCAUAGAUAAUAUUAAUGCAAUAUCUAUACUUGGAAGUACUAAAUAAUAUGACUAUAAAGUCAUUAUGGAUAAAUUACUCACUUGAACCUAACUUUUUCGAGUUCCUGCAUAGAAAAAUAAUUCAAGUUUCCCUUUUCGAAGUAAAUUUACGUAUUUGGAGUUAUACAUCUGCAAAAACGUACGCUCACAAAAUUAUAGUACUGAGAACGCGAUACAAUAGCAACAGCUCAAAUAUUUUUGUGUAAAUAUGUUAAGAAAACUAGCAAAUACUAUUUUAAAGAGAAGUGGUGGGGGUAUAAAGCCUCCAUUGGGGGAGGUUCACGUCCUUACUAGGACGUGUGUAGGCAAAUAGUUGGUAUUAGACAUAAAAAUAUAUUUUUCUUAUAUAGGUAGUAAAUAUUAGGUUAUUUAAUUAUAAGUGGUUAGGAAAACACGUAUUGGGGCAUUUUUUUGUUUUUUAUUUUUGUAAAAAGUAUAAAGCGACACAUUCAUAUUUGAAUUGUUUUUUAUUUAAUUUUUUACACAAAUAAACUAUUUAUGAUUAUCUUAUGUGUUUUUUGCUCAGUUUUGUGUGAGAUAUGUUAACACAAACUCUGAGAGCAUUUCCUUCAAAUAGCGUUGUGCAAUCAUUGUAAUAAUAAUAGGCUAAGCAAUUUUAUUUAGUCAAUAUUUCAUGCUAUAGUAAAAAAAUCUUUUUUUUUUUAUUAAAUAUGCACGGUUGAAGUGUAUUUUAUGAUAUCCUUGCAUAAUAAACAUAGCUAUGGAUUCUUCAAUAUUAUUUUAUGAUGAUAAAAUACGUGAGAAAUCAUCGUGUUUCUUUGCUGCUGCAGCCAGGUUUGUUGCGAGACUGACUAUAAAAAAAUCAGGUGAUUGGCAAAAUAAAAUUAUUUUUUUUUGCAAUUAUUGAAUUAUUUAUGUUAACAAACUGGUAACUAAAACACCUGAAGUGUUGGGCUUUCAAACUUAGGAUGUGGUUAUUUAACCUUUAGCAGCUUGUAUCUGGGAGGUUUAUUUUUAAUUGUAAAAUAUUAGUUGGGAUGAAGCACUAAAAUUCAUUGAUUUAUGCAAUAUUUUCCCACUUUGCUGCAAUCGAAAAAGUAGUAAGUGCGCCACGCAGAACCUAUGAUUCCUUCACUUAUACCACAAACGUUUAAGAUUAUUAGUUUUGUAAUUAUUUUAUAGUAUUAAAUGAUAGCAUAAUUGUAAUAAGCAAGUCGAUAUAAUGUUAGUGCAAUUGAUUCAGUCGCUUGACUACUGCAUAUUUUUAAAAGAAUACAUACUUAGAACGUAAAGGGUUAGAAAUAAAAACAACGGAAAUUGUAAAUGCGGAAUUUUUAUUUUUGUAACGUGUACAUAAUAAUGCAAUUUAUAUUUAUAAAACUUUAUUGUAAAUUAUUCAUUAAGAACUUCUAACAUAGCGGAUGGUCAAACUAAUAAAAUUCGUUUUAUAGUACUGCAGGACGCUAUCAGGUAAAAAAGCGGGAAAUUGGUAAAAAUACGCACUUUUUGUCUUCUGCGCCAUCUUACAAAAUGGCGGACGCGACACAAAUAAUUUUAGAACUACAGAUUCAGAGAAAUGGAAGUUCAAUGGAAUACAAUAAUUAUAAUUGGUCGAGGGCGACAUUACUUCGCCCAUAAUUGCCCGUCCUUAAACCCUUAUUAUUCACAUCCCAAAUCUCUGAAGUAAAAGAGAUUAAAUACAGACGAAUUCAUUUUUCUAAGUCUGCAGAAAUAACCACUCUAAUAGAGUUUUAAUGCACAAAACCAGUAAAUCAUUUACGUUCACAUAUUACAACACAUUUAAUAGAAUCACUUAUAUAAUUAAACUACUAAAUAAUUAUUUGAGCAUUAAGUAUAAAUUGAAAAUGGGUUUGAAAUAAUGCUUUGGUCCUUUGCCGUUAUCUAAUUGAACAAGAAAUGUAAAUAUUGGUCAUUACAAGAAGUUAUAGUUCUGUAAUAUUUUCAUAUCAAGAUUUUAAUUUUAAAUCAGUGGCACUUCCAUAAAACAUUGAACGUCUAUCUUGACGUAAUGUCCAUACGCCUUGUAGUUACUGUUGCUUUAGAUAAGAUGCCAAUGUUACCAACCUAAAAGUCUCACCUCUACUUAAAUUUUUAACAAACAAAUAAAAUUUUCAAAUAACAUUCAAGGUACAAAAAUUUUCAUAAUGAAUAGAGAAAGUUAUUAUUAGCAAA